AGUGAUUCCCUUCUAAAAGCAGAAGAAUCUAGCUGAUCAUUAGAAAUGGCGAAGAGAAGGAGAAAGAGAAAGAGGAAGCAAGAGUUGUUACCGUACGACGUGGUAAUGAACAUUCUGAUAAGAGUCCCCGUGAAAUCCCUCCUCCGAUUCCAAUGCGUCUCCAAGCAAUGGCUUAACAUGAUCAAAGCCAACCCUUUCUUCAUCCAACACCACCUUCUUCACUCUUCCCAAAACCCCUUCCUCCUCCUCCAACGAAUCUCUCGCCAGCCUCGCCCUCUCCCCUUCUCCUCCUGCCUCAUCGGAGUCGGACCCCACAUCACCGACUUCCCCAUCGCAUCUCCCACCGCCAAAAUCCUCGCUUCCUGCAACGGCCUCUUGUGCCUCCGUGAAAAAACCAAGCUUUCCCUCCUCAACCCCGCCACUAACCAAAUCAAACACCUCCCCGGAAAAACCCUAUUCGGUUUUCACUACAUCGGAUUCGGCUUCACCCCUCAAUCCAACGACUACAAGAUAGUCACAAUCUCCAUGCACGUCAUCCACCAGGACCAUGUCCUUCUCGAUCUCGACCACGUUAGGGUUGACCGCGCCCAACUUUAUUCCUUAAACUCUGCCUCCUGGAAGGAGAUUGACGCCGUAAAGUUGCAACCUUUGUGCCUUGUCUCUAGCUCCGUCGCUAUCACUGGAAACGUCUUCUGGCUUGCCACCAUGGCUUCUGACUCUGCCACUGAUUCUGAGUUUGUCGUUUCCUUUGACAUCGCUAGGGAGUUUUUCACGCUGUUGGACGGUCCUCCGGUUCCUUCUUCACCCACUCGUUCCUAUAGCAACGUGCUUGCGGUUCGUAACGAUAAGCUCGCCAUGUUUCGGCACUACAUUGUUGGGAACUUUGAGUCUUGUUCCUUUGAUUUGUGGGUGUUGGAGGAUUUUGGUAAUGAUGAUGCUUGUGGGGUUGGGGAGAGAUGGGUUAAGAUGUAUAGUGUGGGCCCCUUUUCAAGGGUUUUGUAUCCGUUGAGUAUAUGGAGAGAUGAAGUUGUGUGUAGGGAAGAGGUUUCUGGACAUGGGAACGAGUACAGAGGAGUGGAAACGGUUCUGUCGCUGUUCAAUCCUUUGAGUAAUGAACUGAAGAAUCUGCCAGCGCAUAGAGAUGAGUAUUGCUAUGUGCCCUUUACUUAUGCUGAGAGUCUUGUUCCACUUUGACAGCGUUAAUUCAUCAUGAACGUGCUGUUCAUGUUUCAUUUUGGGGUCGUUUUGCUUGUGCAGUUUGGGUGGAAAGUGACUCAUACUAGAGACACUAUAUAUAUAGACUUAUUGAUGCUGUUGAAUCCAUAUAUAUAUGGUUUUAGCUCUAUUAAUCCAUAUAUCCCUACUGCAUGAUAUGUUACUUUCAAUGCUGUUUUGAGGAAUCUUUUCUCUUUUUGUUGUUGUUGUUUCGUCUCGAUGCAUUUUGUAGCAGAUAUAUGUUCAACUCUGUUUCUAAUAUAAUGCGUGGAAGAUCUCCAUUUUUGUGUAAA